AUGUCUGCUGAGAAGGCCCAGAACCCCAUGCGGGAGCUCCGCAUCCAGAAGCUCGUCCUGAACAUCUCAGUCGGCGAGUCUGGUGAUAGACUUACCCGUGCUGCCAAGGUGCUGGAGCAGCUGAGCGGUCAGACCCCCGUCUACAGCAAGGCCCGCUACACCGUCCGUACCUUCGGUAUCCGCCGUAACGAAAAGAUCGCCGUCCACGUCACCGUCCGUGGCCCCAAGGCCGAGGAGAUUCUCGAGCGUGGCCUCAAGGUCAAGGAGUACGAGCUGCGCAAGCGCAACUUCUCCGAGACCGGCAACUUCGGCUUCGGUAUUUCCGAGCACAUCGAUCUCGGCAUCAAGUACGACCCCGGUAUCGGUAUCUACGGCAUGGACUUCUACUGCUGCAUGACCCGCCCCGGUGAGCGUGUUGCUCGCCGCCGCCGCGCCAAGGCCAGAGUCGGUGCCAGCCACCGCAUCACCCGUGACGACACCGUCAAGUGGUUCAAGCAGCGCUUCGAUGCCAUUGUCCGCUAA